UUUGGAUUGUUUAUAUUUACAUCAGAAUAGCUGUAGGAGAACUGGAGAAGCGUUAUGUGAUGAAGUAAAGCGACGACAUAAUGUGUUUGUGAUUCUCAGUAUUAUAUUCACUGGAUACAAUUCUGAAGUACUGAUGCUUAGGAAAUGUUUCUUUAAGUUUCUGUUAAGUGCAACACCUGUAUUUAUAACUACCCAGUAAUGUUUUCGUGUGUGAAACAAAUGUCAGCAUUGCUGCCAAGCAUUGCUUGCUUCCACACUAGCUCAGUUGCCAGUGCCUGGAGUGGCAGGCCUGGUGGACCUCGUAAGUGGCUCAGUCACAACAAGAAAAUAUAUCCACCACAAUUACCUGAUGAAGAACCAAGACCUGCUUAUGUUUGUCAUAUGAAAGCCAACAUCAAAUACAGUCCAUGGAAGAUGUGGUAUAUAGCAUGUUUGGUACGUGGAUUGUCGGUGGAAGAAGCAGUUAAACAACUCAGUUUUGUUAAUAAGAAAGGUGCAACAUACGUGAGAGAUACCAUUUUGGAAGCACAAAAUUUGGCAGUAGAGAAGCACAAUGUAGAAUACAAGACAAAUUUAUGGGUUGCUGAAUCAUUUGUUGGCAAGGGGUUGGUUGUAAAAGGCAUACGGAGACAUGCAAGAGCAAGACACGGCUUAGUGGAGUACUUUCACUGUCAUUACUUUGUACGGCUGGAGGAAGGGAAGCCUCCAGAACACUAUUAUCCAUAUCAACGAGAACUCUCAGGUCAGGAAUUACUGGACAAGUGGCUGACUAAGAUGCGUAGCAGGAAGAUCACCAGCUCAUUGUAGUAGGCAGAUCUUCACCAUACUUGCAGUAUCAGAAGUUGCAUUCUGCUUUUCUUACACCACAGUCCUGAAAAAUAUUCUUGUAAAUAUAAUAUUUAUAAUAAAAGUAUAUUGAAAAACUUACGAGCUUAAUACAUUAAA